AUGAAUAUUGAUCAUCGCCAUCGAGUGCACCAACAAUCUAACUGGUCUGUUGGCUUUUGUCAUAGUUGCGGAGAAGAUCCUGGCACCUGUUGUAUAACAUGCUUCCUUCCAUGCGUCACCUUCGGCCAAAUUGCAGAAGUAGUCGAUGAAGGGCGAAGUUCAUGCAUGGCUCAAGGUGCGGCGUACUGCUUACUGAUGGCAAUCCAAUGCCAGUGGCUGUACUCAUGUCUUUACAGAGAAAAACUGCGCGCAAAGUAUGGAUUGCCGGAGGAGCCUUGCUCUGAUUGCUGUGUUCAUUGCUGUUGCGAACUUUGUGCCCUUUGCCAAGAGCAUGCUGAGCUCAAUGCCAGAGGCCUUGACCCUUCCAAAGGUCUAAUAUAUUACUAUUAA